UGCUCAAACAUGGAAAGCACCCCGGACCAAACAGCUGAUCUGUUCUCUGCUCAGAAUCAAAGCUUCAUGUUCAACGUGACGGCUGCUAACAGCUCUGAUUACACACAUAUUAUGUCGCCGGAGAUAAACAAAACCAUCAACUUGCUUAUGAUAAUCGUCCUGCUCGUCACCAUGGUUUCACUAGGAUGCACUAUGGAGAUCUCCAAGAUCAAGAGUCACAUGGUGAAACCUAAGGGGGUGCUGAUAGCAGUGCUGGCUCAGUAUGGUGUCAUGCCUCUUACAGCCUUUUGCUUAGCCAAGGCGUUUCAGCUGACGGAAAUAACGGCUGUGGUGGUCCUGAUCUGCGGCUGCUGUCCUGGAGGAAGCCUCUCCAACCUACUGUCCCUGGCUCUGCAGGGAGACAUGAACCUCAGCAUCGUGAUGACGACUUGCUCCACGGUGCUGGCUUUCGGCAUGAUGCCCCUGCUGCUCUACCUCUACUGUCGGGGCUUCGACCUGCAGAACUCGGUGCCCUACGUCGAAAUCACGCUAUCACUGGUCAUGAUUCUUAUACCCUGCGGCACCGGCAUCCUCAUCAACCACUACAGGCCGCAGUACUCCAAAAUGAUCACAAAGGUCGGCCUCAUUUUCAUGAUGAUGGGCAUUGUGGCGAUCGGGAUCAUUGCCAGCAUCGGGAUCAGAGACACCCUCCUCACGGUGCUGGCUCCUCCACUCAUGGCCGUCGCCGCUCUCAUGCCCUUCAUAGGCUACGUCUUCGGAUACAUCAUCUCCUGGCUCUUCGGACUCAGCCAGCGGGAGCGGAGGACUGUUUCCAUGGAAACAGGCUGUCAGAACGCCCAGCUGUGCACCACCAUCCUGAAGCUGGCCUUUCCCCCGGCCCUGAUCGGCCCCCUGUUCCUCUUCCCCAUGGUGUACGUGCUGCUGCAGCUGAUGGAGGCGGGGGUGCUGAUCGUGCUGUUCAGGUGUCACCAGUGGUUCACACUCAAGCAGAAAGUGACGUACCAGCCAACUACCGCUGCUGAAGGAGGCCUGUGAGGGGACUGUGUGAGGAUGGAUCUCACUUUUUAUUUCCUAACACUGUAAUGUGGAUUACUGUGGAUCAAAGAGCCUCCAGCCUGGUGCAGUUCCCGAAACAAGCUCCAACCUAAACACAUGUCCACCUGCACAACAGCAGUUUUGAGCCACAUCAUUUUUGAGAAUAUUUAUGUCUAUCCUAAAUUGUAAAUUAACAACUUUGUCGAUGUUUUGUCAUAAAGCUCAGAUGAACACAGGUUAAUGAUUUAGUUAAAAUUGUUUUAUUAAGUCCACUGUCUUCCUACACCAUACAAACGUCCAUCAUAUUUUUCACUGAAAAUAAAAUCCUUACGUACAAAAAUGUUGCUUUUUUUUUUC